CACAAUGCACUUCAGACAACCCGGGCAAACUAAUUAAUAAGCAGUGAGCCACAUAGUUUUUCUGUGUGUUUUUUUUUUGCUCCAGUGAAUAUAAGACGGCUCUUUCAAGGCAGCACGUUCACACAGAUUACGCCCUUUGUAAAUAAUAAAAAAAAAAACACAACAUUUUGCCUCCAUGUGAUUUACAUAAUUUUCAUUUAGUUUACUGUCAACUUUAAAAAUGCAGCUUACAUUUGAAGUUUCUCUUUCAGCUAAAACCACUUCAGGCUGGGAAAAAUAGCUUGUUUUGCCUGCAUGCAUAAAGAAAAAUCAUUUUAAUAUUUCUUUAGGGACUUUGCAACAACUCAGUAUUGGCUUUACUCUCACCUUGUUGUACAAUAAUGAUAUUUUUAAACUCAUAAUGUAUCAUCAUAAUAUUACAACAGAGACCUAUAUUUUUUUUGUGCUGUGAUAUUUGUGGACUGUCAUUGAAUUCAUAAGGGACAGGACAGCGUGCACAGGCCUGUUUCUGGUGUCACUACAGGCUUUACAGGCUCUAUUGCGCCAUCUAGUGGUCGUUUAGAUUAAAGACAGACAGGUUUUUAAACAAGAAAAUAAUUCCUAACCCAUCACCAGAAGUAAUGUAGCUCUCUCCAAGGAGGCUCACUCCACUAAACCCCGAGGCAGGGCCAAGACUUCUCUUUAUUAUUUGCCACCAAAACACAUUUAUGUGGAGUAAUUUUCCGGGCGCAACGGCCGUCCCUGACAACUCACAAAACAUUUUUAUUUGGUCAGUGUGAUAAAUUAGUAGCUGUAGUUGCCAAAAUAUAGAAGCUCAGAGGAAGCAUUAUUAGUCGUGAAUGCUCCCCUGAGGUGAAUCAGCGCGGUGUGACGUUUACAAUAGAUGUCGGGGGAGGUUUUUUAGAAUCUGUAGCCAUUAAUAUAACAAACGGAGAAUAAAUGUUGUGCUGGAGCUACACCUCAACAGCCUGCAGGUCAUGUGGCCUCCCUGCAUGUCAGUAAUUCGAUCUGAGCAGCAAACAAAGACAGUCUCUGGGCAACGUACUGCAAAGACGCACGAGCAUUCUGUGAGUUUCUCCGCAGGUAGUAAUGACUGCAGUACUGGAUCCCUCCAAGCCGUUCUCCGCAGAACUACAUGUCAUCAGACGGCUGAACUCCAGUCUGCACCGGGGCGGAGGUGGAGACGGACUGGACCCUGGACGUGCAGGCUCUCCUAGACUUCACCCCCUUGCUGGGCACGCCAUGCUGGCUCCUCUACGAGACGACGUCCCCCUGUUGGACCCUUGCUGUGGUCAGCUGAGUGCUGGAGCUGAGGUGGACCUGGGGGUCACAGGUCGACAGAAGUUCAUAGAUUUUCGUCACGUGGCCUCUGCUCUGUGGGUCCCUCCAGGUUUCAGAGAGCGGCCUCAAACGGUACCAAUCCACUCUGGUAUCCGCCCGGACCUGAGCAAGGACAAGGCCUGGAACUCCAGGAGGAUCCCUGACGCAGCCUUGAAAGCAGGACUGAAUGGUAAAACAACAGGAGAUCAUAUUUACAUUUACAUAACGUGCCAGUUAGAGAUGGAGAGUUCGAGUGAUCCUGUUAAAAUUCAACUGCACUCACUGAAGACAUCAACUCAAGCAGCGACGCACGACAGCGAGCCUGAUAAACAUGCUGGACCUCAGGACACCUUUUCUUCUGAUCUUCGACUGCUGACAGACAACUCACCGGCAGCUCUACGCUUCAGAUACACAUCUGCAACACAGAGAAGCUAUGAGGAAGUGAGUUGGGACGCAAAGCUGCCGCGGCGCUUGCAGCCACCGGGAACAACCCUGGAGAAAACGGCAGACCCGGUGAGCGAGCGACCCUCGUCGAGGCGCUACAACGGCCGACCUCAGCUGUGGCAGUCUGUAGGAGCUGACUGGAGCAGACGACAGCUUCGAUUUAGGAGUGAUGCCAAGAAACCCGUAUCAUUCUGCAGUGGAUGUCCGAGGUCGGGUCAGAUCCCUUCAUACACUGGUACCAUUGGCUCUAAGAACAUGGAUGACAUUGAUAACAUGGAUGAAGUCUUUCACCCGCUGACCCUGAAGAGAAGCAUCAUCCCUCCGUACACGCCUACAGCACAUCGAACCACCAUCCCCGGCUACGCAGGCAAGGCUGCUUAUUCCAGCUCUGCUGCUGCAGUCUCCGUCCCACAUGUGUCCCGUCCUGCCAGCUCCUCUGGAGUUAAACGUGUUCACAGGGCAAUCAAAGAAUCGAGGAGUUCUGCUGUUGGCCACGCGGCGCCCCUCUCCCGGAUGUUGACCACCGUGAAGCCCUGCAACCCCUUCCUGAGACCCGAGCUCCCUGCUUCACGGAGAGACGUUAGACAAAGCAGAUGAGAAAGUUUUGAAGGUGUCAGCUUCCUAUUUAUGCCAUUCAAUCUGUUUAUAUGAAUACGUCUAUAAUGAUGUGAUGUCAGUGAGUGAUUCAGACGGAGUUGGAGAAUAAUGAGAUGCCCCAUUAUCAUAAUUUCCUUGAUUUAGAUGAGUGGUUUUCUAACUCUGGGUAGCGAGCUUUUGCAUUGUCCUCUUAAACAUUUACUCCCUCACUGACUCACUCACUCACUGACUCACUUGCUGUGUGUGUUUCAGCCCACACACUGCCUCUGUCAUGAAGGGCAACGAGGGACAAAAGGAGAAAAUAUUGAAGGAAGUCAGGAUUUUUCUGCACCAGUGUCACAUAUCUGACAAUGUAAAAAUCUAUGGCAGGUAUUA